AAAACCUACAAAGUUUGCAAUUUGCUUCAAGCAUAAAUCUCCAUCAAAUCUUUUCAAUUUAGUCUAGAAAGCUAGGCUCACAUGGACCAUUAUACUAGGCAAAAGAACCCCAAAGAACCAGAUGUUGUACCUCAAGAAGUUAUAGACUUGGAGUCUAUGGAUAUCGAGGAUACAAUAUUUUUGACUGGUUUUGACAUCAAACAGUUCUUUCAUGUAAACCAAACCAUUUUCAUCAUCGGGUACUGGUCCGACCGAUUCAACCGAUCAGUCCGGUCUGGUUUUAAAAACCUUGGAAAUAAUGGCGAAGAGAAAGAGGAUCAAUUUGUUUCUGGUCUUAAGAUCCAAAAUGAUGCUAAGGUCCAAAUUGAUGGCUGCAAAGUGGCUGAGGAAGCUCAAGAUGAAGGUGGCCUUGAAGACGUCCUUGGGUUGUCUGAUAAUGAUGAUGAUGAGACUAUUCUAGCAAGGGAUAAUCUAAGGAAUUUUAGAGCAAAUCAAAUUGGGGUUGCUUCUAGUUCUGCAAGAGCAGGUAAUGUAGAUGUAGGAGUCCAAGAUGAGAAUGAUGGAGAAACACAAUUUGAUGAUGAAGUGAGUUACAUAUCCACAAGUAAUGAAGAGGAUGAAGAAAUAGACCAUGUUUUGACUGGUUUUGACAUCAAACAGUUCUUUCAUGUAAACCAAACCAUUUUCAUCAUCGGGAAUAAUGGCAAAGAGGAAGAGGAUCAAUUUGUUUCUGGUCUUAAGGUCCAAAAUGAUGCUAAGGUCCAAACUGAUGGUUGCAAAGUGGCUGAGGAAGCUCAAGAUGAAGGUGGCCUUGAAGACGUCCUUGGGUUGUCUGAUAAUGAUGAUGAUGAGACUAUUCUAGCAAGGGAUAAUCUAAGGAAUUUUAGAGCAAAUCAAAUUGGGGUUGCUUCUAGUUCUGUAAGAGCAGCUAUUAUAUUUAGUAAUGUAGAUGUAGUAGUCCAAGAUGAGGAUUAUGGAGAAACACAAUCUGAUGAUGAAGUGAGUUACAUAUCCACAAGUAAUGAAGAGGAUGAGGAAGUAAACCAUGGUAGGAGGAGGAAAGCUAGACACAAAGUCCAAAAUGAUGCUAAGGUCCAAACUAAUGGCUGCAAAGUGGCUGAGGAAGCUCAAGAAGAAGGUGGCCUUGAAGACGUCCCUGGGUUGUCUGAUAAUGAUGAUGAUGAGACUGUUCUAGCAAGGGAUAAUCUAAGGAAUUUUAGAGCAAAUCAAAUUGGGGUUGCUUCUAGUUCUACAAGAGCAAGUAAUGUAGAUGUAGGGGUCCAAGAUGAGGAUGAUGGAGAAACACAAUUUGAUGAUGAAGUGAGUUACAUAUCCACAAGUAAUGAAGAGGAUGAAGAAGUAGACCAUGGUAGGAGGAGGAAAGCUAGACACAAAGUGUAUAAAGAAGUUGAAGGCAUUCCAAAAAUUGAGCUUGGCAUGAUAUUUCUGAAUGAGAAACAAUUUUAAAAAGUUGUGGAUCAAUUGAGCAUUAGACAAGAGAAAGAGAUUGCGUGGAAAAAAAAAUGAUAGUAAAAGGAUAAGGGCAGUAUGCAAUGAUCAGAAUUGUAAGUGGAGGAUACUAUUGGCAUUGGCAUUUGACAAUCCUACUGAGUCUUGGAUGGUAAAAACCUUCAGUCCUGAUCACACAUGUAUAGUGAAUGUUACCAACAAGCUUUGCACAUCAUCUAUUGUUGUCCAACAUUUGGUAAAGACAAAAGGAGCAUCUACUCUACAUUUUAAUAAAGAAGAUAUUUUUAC